ACAUGAAAUUCCUGAAGUAUCUGACAUGGAAAGGCAAAGUUCUACUUUAAGUAACAUCUCAACCUCUGAACAUCGAGAUUCUGCAGUGAGUAAUGUUUCAACCUCUGUGCAUCGAGGUUCUGCUGUGAGUGACAUCUCAGCCUCUGAAAGGCGAGGUUCUACCAAGGGUAACAUCACUUCUGAACGGCGAGGUUCUGCUAUGAGUAACAUUUCUGCUUCUGAACGACGAGGAUCUGCCAUGAGUAACAUUUCAGCCUCUGAAAGGCGAGGUUCUGCCGUGAGUAAUAUUUCAGCCUCCGAAAGGCGAGGUUCUACCAAGAGUAACAUAUCUUCUGAACGGCGAGGUUCAGCUAUGAGCAGCAUCUCAGCUUCCAAACGGCGAGGUUCUGCCGUGAGUAAUAUCUCUGAAAUGGAACGCCGUGACUCGGCUACAAGUGACGUCUCCAACAAGCAACGUCGAGGCUCAGACAGAAGUGAUGUUUCUGACAAGCAACGUCGAGAUUCUGCUAAAAGUAACAUUUCUAAUAAACAACGACGAAGCUCAGCUAAAAGUGACACCUCUGCUAAGAAACGCCGAAGCUCUGCCAAAAGUGAUGUUGCACACAUGAAACGCCGAAGCUCUGCGAGAAGUGACGUAUCUGAUGCGCAACGGCGAGGUUCUGCCGUCAGUAACAGUUCUGCUAGAAGUGAAGAGAUUGAUGUAGAAGGCGAAUAUUAUGAUAAUGAGCACUAUGAAGAAGGAGAAUAUACUGGUGAAGAGGAAGAAUAUUAUGAAGAGGAAGAUGUAGGAGAUCAGGAUGAAAAAUAUUUUGAAGAGGAAGAGGUAGAAGGCGAAGAGGAAUAUGUAGAGGAUGAAGGUGAUGAAUAUUAUGAAGAGGAGGGUGAAGUGGAGGAAGGUGAAGAAUAUUAUGAAGAGGAGGGUGAAGCAGAGGAUGGUGAAGAAUUUUACGAAGGAGAGGGUGAAGUGGAGGAUGAAGAAUAUUAUGAAGAAGAAGAGGCAGAAGAAAUCGAUGAAUACUAUGAAGAGGGUGAAAUAAAAGAAGGUGAAGAAGAUCAUGAAGAAGGUGAAGCAGGAGGGGCGGAGGACUAUUAUGAAGAGGAAGGUGAAGUGGAAGUUGAUGCGUCCCAUGAACAAGAUGAUGAUCAGCCUGAUGAAGAUCACGGACAUGGUCAAGCUGUUCAAGUCAGUGAUUCUGAUGAAAAUGUAAAAGACACUGAAAGUCAGGAAACUAAAUAUCUUAAAGAGGAAGAUGAUGAGGGUGAUUUAGAAUACAUUCGGCCUCGUACACCAGAUAGGAGAUACCUAGAAUCACUCAGUGACACACAGGAAGUGGGUGAUAUGCCACAGGAUCAAUUAGAGAACCUAACCAAGGAAGAAGAUGAACAAUAUCUGCGUGCAGCUUCUCCUUAUCUGAAAUAUCGCAAAUCAAUAAGUGACCUUGAACCUUACCUUGAUUUCAAGAAAGAGGUCAGUGACCUUAAACCUGAAAUCCAGGCCCAGUUUUUGAGCAGUCAUGAAAAUGGUCACGAUGAAGAACAAAGUCAAGCACACAGAAAAUCUAUAGAGUCUGCAGAAUCCAGUAUUCGUAGGUUGUCACAGACCUCACUAUCAGAAAGAGCCUCCAGAAAUUCGAGAGGAGCAACACCAGAAAUAGAUAUUAACCCCCAGGAGCUAACCACAGUUGAGAUUCACGACCCAAGCACUGACUCAGAAACAGAAGGGGCAGCAACAUUGGAUGUACCAAAAUCACAAGAAGAACCAAGAAAAUCGAUUGGAACUGAUGUCUUGCAGUUUCUGCUGAGGAGAUUCAGUAGUCAACCUAUACCAGACCAUCAAAACCUACCAAAUGAGGACAGGGAGAAUUCAGAGUUACAAAUUGAACAGUAUGAAGAAAAGCGCAAAUCAAUUCAGUACAACAGUUCAGACAGUGAGACAGAGCUAAAAGUAAAGUGGGGAGUUAAUCUAGGUAUAGAGAAUUCUGAAGUUCAAGAAAUUGUAGGUGAUGCUGCAACCCGACGAAAGAGCAGUGCAGUGAAUCCAGAACUUCUUGCUUCUGAACUGAUUGGUGAACUUGAAAAUCAGAGAAAGAAAAGCCUUAGUGACAAUAAACUGGGAGAUAUUGAGGCAUAUCAUUCUCUUCCUGAAGAUGAGCAAGACAUGGGAAACCAGGUAUUGGAAACAGAAUGGAAACCUCAGCCAAUUCCUCGUAGGUCUUUCAGCCAUGAAGCACAACUGCAUGAAAAGAACAUCAAGGAUGCUCAUGAUGUAGAAUCAGAUUCACAAGACAUUGAUAUUGAAGUUUACAGAAGAGUUUCCUCCACCUCCACAGACACAAAAGAAAUGCUUGUAACAUCACCAGUUAGUUCCCCUGGUGAAUUUAAUACUCACUAUUCACCAAGAGGAUCAUUUGCUGAAAGAGAUUCAUCAGCUGGACUUGAAACUACAUUGUCACCAAGACACUCAGUAGCAAGCAUAGUGUCAAAUAAAUCACCAAGGGCAUCUCCUUCCCCAAGGAGUUCAACCACUGGCUUGGAUAUAGCCAAAUCAGAAUCUAGGAAAUAUUCACAUGACUUGUCAACAAAUGCUGAUUCUCUAGACAUACAAGAUAUGCCAAAUCUGCGUCGCCGUUCAAUAGUUAGACUUGAACCAGAACUAAACUACCCUACUUCAGAUGAUGAAGACACAAAUUCAGCAGGAAGUACUGAAGGUCUUCAAAGGAAGAAAUUCAGUGUUGAUUCUGAUGAUCUCCAGUUGAUUGACCAAGCUGGUUUAGAGGCAAUGGUUCGUAGACUGAGUAGUCAACCAAUACCUGACCACAGAGGCAGUAUAAACCAAAUGGAAGAUGAAGAAUUACAAAAUGUUGCCAAUAUCGCAGAUCCAGAAAAUGACAUUUCCCCUAUGGAGAAGACUUUGGCACUGGAAAAAUUAAUUGAUGAACAAUUAAAAUCCCCAAGGGGUUCAACAGCUUUUGCAGAAACAGCAACAAAGACAGAUCUUGAGACUAUAAUAAUGGAAACCUUAAAAUCACCAAGGGGGUCAAUUAUAAGACUAGGGUCACAAAAAGGUUCACCUGCCCUGUCCCCCAGGGCCUCAUCAGCAGGUCUGCAAUAUAAACUCUCUCCCCGUAAUUCUUCUGCAGGUCUGAUAGACCAAGAAACAUUAAUGAUAGAGAACCAAGCUGAUAUACAAGAGGCUGGAAGUCUGGAAACUGAAGAUGAACGGAAAGCAGGAGGCCAAACCCAUCAAUCAAUUGGAGCAGAGAUAGUCAACUUCUUGGCUCGUAGGCUCAGUAACCAACCAAUACCUGAACUUGCUUCUGAAAAUAGAGAUGAGAUUAUCGAGUCAGUUGAAGCGUCAACAACGGUCAACGUUCCAUCAGUUAAAGAGCCUUCAGUAAGUCUAGGAGUACUGGAAUCACCAAGGGGAUCUGUUGCAGGACUAGACAUUGAGUUGAUACCAUCAGGCAGGUCACCAAGAGGCUCUUCUGCAGGACUAGCUGCAGAACAGUCACCAAGAGGAUCUUCUGCAGGACUGGAAGCAGAAAGGUCACCAAGAGGCUCAUCUGCAGGACUGGAAGCAGAAAGGUCACCAAGAGGCUCAUCUGUAGGACUGGAAGCAGAAAGGUCACCAAGAGGCUCAUCUGCAGGACUGGAAGCAGAGAGGUCUUUAAUAGGCUCAAGAAGGUCUUCCAGAGCCUCUUUUGCAGAACCAGAAAUAGAAACGUCACUAAGAGGAUCUUAUGCUGGACUGAAAACAGAAAGGUCACCAAGAGGCUCAUCUGCUGGACUUGUAGCUGGGGAUUAUAGUACUGAGUCAGUUGAAGGAUCAAUGGAAGAUCUGACUGACAUUCCACCAGGCAAAGAACCUUCAGUAAGUCUAGGUGUUCUGGAAUCACCAAGGGGGUCGGUUGCUGGACUAGAUGUUGAAAUGAUACCAUCCAUAAGGUCUCCAAGAGGUUCAUCUGCAGGAAUGGAUUCAAGAAGGUCAUCUAAAGCCUCUUCUACAGGGCCAGAAAGAGUAAGAUCACCGAGAGGCUCUUCUGCUGGACUGGAAAAAGAAAGGUCACCAAGAGGCUCAUCUGCAGGACUGGAAGCAGAGAGGUCACCAAGAGGCUCAUCUGCAGGACUGGAAGCAGAGAGGUCACCAAGAGGGUCUUCUGCAGGACUGGAAAUAGAAAGAUCACCAAGAAGCUCAAGAAGAUCUUCCAGAACUACUUCUGCAGAACCAGAAAUAAAAAGGUCACUGAGAGGAUCUUCUGUUGGACUUGAAGUAGAAGGGUCAUCAAAAUCUUAUGCAGGAAUGGAUGCAGAAAGUUCACCAAGAGGAUCUUAUGCUGGACUGGAAGCAGAAAGGUCACCAAGAGGGUCAUCUGCUGGGCUGGAAGCAGAAAGGUCACCAAGAGGAUCUUAUGCAGGAUUGGAGGCAGAAAGGUCACCAAGAGGCUCAUCUGCUGGACUGGAAGCAGAAAGGUCACCAAGAGGAUCUUAUGCAGGACUGGAAGCAGAAAGGUCACCAAGAGGCUCAUCUGCUGGGCUGGAAGCAGAGAGGUCACCAAGAGGAUCUUCUGCUGGACUGGAAGCAGAAAGUCACAGAGGUCUCUGCUGGCUGAAGCAGAAAGGUCCCAAGGGGUCAUCUGUGGGCUGA